AUGGAGGAUAAAAAGGUCGUUCUCGAUAGUGGCAGUAGCGAGGAGUUAGAGCAGGGCUUCAGUUCCAAUGGCAAUGGCUACGAUACCGUCGCAACCAAGAAGUUAAUUCGCAAAAUUGACUUUGUUUUGAUUCCGUGGCUUGCUCUUCUCUACUUACUGAGUUUCCUCGACCGCACUAAUAUCGGCAAUGCCCGUCUGGCUGGUCUUGAGACGGAUCUGAACAUGUCUGGUCUGGACUACAAUGUCGCCUUGGCAAUUUUCUUCCCCUUCUACGUCGCCGCUGAGAUCCCCUCAAACAUUAUGAUGAAGCGCUCUCGCCCGUCUCUCUGGAUUCCUUCGAUAAUGAUUGCAUGGGCAGUUGUCUGCUCACUCAUGGGUCUGGUGCAGAACUAUGCUGGCUUGCUUGUUGCCCGUGCAGCGCUUGGUAUUGCUGAAGGUGGUCUCUUUCCCGGUGUCACAUUUUACAUCACAAUGUGGUAUAAACGGCACGAAUGCGGCCUCCGCAUGGCUAUCUUCUUUUCAGCCGCCACAGCAGCCGGUGCAUUCGGCGGCCUUCUUGCACGCGGCAUUGGCGAGAUGGACGGAAUUGGUGGGAAGGGAGGAUGGGCCUGGAUUUUCAUCAUUGAGGGUAUCCUCACUUUUGUCAUUGCGAAAUUCCUCACCUCUGCCGAGAAGGCCGAAGUUCAGCGCCGCCUGGAAGAAGACCGCUCUUCCCUCGCGGAUGAAUAUAACAUGAAGUUCUUCUGGGACGCCAUCAAGGACUGGAAGAUCUGGGUGCACAUGUUCGUCACUGUUGGCGUGUACACACCGUUGUACUCAUUCUCUCUGUUCUUACCGACCAUUGUCUCCAGUCUUGGUUAUGAGAAUGAGGAGGCGCAGCUUAUGACGGUCCCGCCCUAUGUGGUGGCUUGCGUAUUCUGUAUCGGGGGUGGGUUUCUGGCAGAUCGCCAGGGACAGCGUGGGAUUUAUAUGAUUGGCUUCAAUAUUGUUGCGAUCAUCGGCUUCAUAAUGCUCAUCUCAUCCGACAACAACGGUGUGAAAUAUGCAGGGACCUUUUUCGCCGCCUCAGGAAUCUACCCUAACGUCCCACAAGGCGUCGCUUGGAACGGGAACAAUAUCGGCGGCUCAUUCAAGCGGAGUGUGGGUAUCGCCAUGCAUGUCGGCUGCGGCAAUCUCGGCGGUGUUUUGUCUUCGUUCAUCUACCGGUCACAGGAUAAACCGCAUUAUCGAGUUGGGCAUGGUACGCUGAUUGGGUGUCUGACUAUGAGCACCGUCCUGUGCACCAUCAUGACAAUUUAUUUGAGGAGAGAAAACGCAAGGCGCGAUAGAGAGUAUAAACCGCCGGCCGAAUACUCGGAGGCAGAGAGGGCAGCUGAGAGGGAGAAAGGAGAUGAUGCGAGUUUCUUUCGGUACACGAUCUAA